AAUGAGAAGCCAGAAGUUCAAAUAUGAACUGUGUUCUAACGUGUUCACAUGUAACUGACAAACACCGAAGCCUCACCAGAGCAGAGGGUACUAGAGCCCAGAAGAAUCUAUUCCAUUUGCCCGCUGGGGCUCACCUCUUCUGUUUGGAUCGGACUCCAGUGCCAGCAGAAGCUCACCGCACUAACACAGAAUUGUAUCCUAAAAUUUCUCAGAGAUGAAUGAAACACAUACAACAUAUAUGGAUAUCAAACAUCCUCCUAAGAAGCAGAUGCCAAAAAAAAGGCCUUCAGUGCCAUUUGUCUGGUGUCUCGCUGUAGUGAUUCUUGGAAUCCUCUGUUUCCUUCUCCUCGUAACAACUGCAGUCUUGGGAUCCAUUGUUUUCCAGGGUCAUACGACAAAUGAAACGCAGAAGCUUCCACUGGACAAUAGGACCCAGCAAGACGAGUCCACAUUUAAAAACACGACUAUCAUAGAGUUUCCACUUAACACAGGACACAAGAGGAACAUAUGUAAAACUCAAUGGUCAUGUUGUGGAGAUAAAUGUUACCAUUUUUCACGUGAUUUCAACACUUUUCAAGACAGUAAGAAUAUCUGCAAGAAUAUGGGCGCCACACUUGUUAAGAUAGAAGAUGAAGAAGAACUGGUGAUGUAUAUGUUCUGUUUUCUACCCCACACUGUAUUUGUCUAGCCCUUAGUUGUAGGUAGGUUAAAUCUUAGCGCUCAAUAGUAUUCGAGUGAUUUGAAGAGUUUACAGUCAUCAGCUAACUCGGAUCCAGACAGUGGUCAUGUUAAAGUGAGACAUACCAAUUGAAAUGAGGUUAAAAGUUCAUGUAACUCAACUGAUUCAUCCACAGUUAGAAUUUCCACAGUGUAGCCAAUGUAAAGUCACACAUGAAGCAAUGAGAAAAUAUUUGUCUUUGGGGCCCCUGGGUGGCUCAGUU